CCCUGGGUUCGGUCCUCAGCUCCGGAAAAAAAAAAAAAAAGGAAAAUGCAGCUUGCUCACAUUGCUGAAAUCCGUGUUGUUCAGGGUUGCAGUACUGUUAAACACCCAUCAUGGAGAAUUCUUAGCAGCUCCACAGACUAAGUUGUCCCAUUGGCGUAACCAUAUCUUGACAAAAAAAAUGAGCAAUUCGUUUAAGAUAUGAAGGAAAGUCUAAACUGAGAUCCACGUGGAAAGGUGACCCCAGGUGGCUACAUCUCUCAGCAGAGUUUUCUUUGGUAGUUACCAAAUGGUCCCAGUUACAAAUGCUCCUGGGUUCCAGCACUAGGUGAUUCCAAAGAGCAAGGGGCGGAGUCGGAGACAAAACCCCGCCCACAGCCCAGCCCCGCUCAGCGUGCUCCCGCCCUCCACCCGCACCUGCUCCCAUUUCCCGCCUGCGCACGUGCCCGCCCGCAGAGCGCGCACCGGCUGCGCGGUCCCGCGAGGGAAAGGCGGCCAACGGCUGCAGCGCGGACAUGGAGUCGGAUCCCACGACCUCCGAGCCCGAGGCCGCGAUCGGGAGUGACAGCUCGCCAGUGGAGCAGGCGAUCCUAGUCUCCCUCCGGGACUCCGCGUCCGCCAAGGGCCUCAUGUCCCCCGUGCGCUCGGUGGUGGCCUCCCCGCGCCCAGUGAAGGGCAAGGCUGCACGGCGAAGGCUCCAGCUCCCGCCGGUCUCUCAAGCCGAGACAGGUGACGAGGAGCCCGUGCCCGCGGUGCCUGAGAACCAGGAGGAGGCGCAGCCCCUGCCGCCGAUCUGCGCAUCCCCCAUGAGGGGCAUGUGGCGCAGCGAGAAGGUGGCUCUGUACUGCGACCAGGUGCUACAGGGCUCGAAGGCAGAAGAUGCAGACGAAGCUAUGAGCAAAUACCUGUCAGAGAAGCUGAAAGUGACGGACAGAUGGCUGGGAGUCUGGAAGAGUAACCCGGAGCUCUUCUUUGAGAAAUAUGAAGAGGCUUCCAUCCCCUUUGUUGGUAUCCUGGUGGAGGUGACAUGUAAACCACGCCAGAACUUGUCAUCUUGUUUCAAAGUGACAGUUUCUGUGGCUGAGCCCUUUUCUUCUAACAUUGCAAACAUCCCGAGGGACUUGGUGGAUGAGGUUCUGGGGGAACUGGAGUACAGUGCACCUCUCUUGGAAGUGUAUCCUGUGGAAGGGCAAGAUGCAGAUGUCCGAGACAUUGCUCUGGCCUUGGAAGUUGUAAGGUUUUUUUAUGAUUUUCUUUGGAGAGACUGGGAUGAUGAAGAAAAUUGUGAGAAUUAUACUGCCCUUAUUGAAGAGAGAAUUAAUCUGUGGUGCGACAUACAGGACGGGACAAUCCCUGGCCCCAUUGCACAGCGCUUCAAGAAAACGCUUGAGAAAUACAAAAACAAGCGAGUUGAGCUCAUCGAGUACCAGAGCAACAUUAAAGAAGACCCGUCUGCGGCUGAGGCCGUCGAGUGCUGGAAGAAAUACUAUGAGAUAGUGAUGCUCUGCGGGUUGUUGAAGAUGUGGGAAGACUUACGGCUGAGAGUUCAUGGACCUUUCUUUCCGAGGAUUCUGAGACGUAGAAAAGGGAAGAGAGACUUUGGGAAGACUAUAACCCACAUUGUAGCCAAGGUGAUGACUACUGACAUGGUAAAGAACUUGUCUUCGGACACGCUUCUGCAGCAGCACGACGACCUGAACCUGGCUUUGGACAGUUGCUACAGUGGGGAUAUAGUUGUCAUUUUCCCCGGGGAGUACCAAGCCUCCAAUCUGGCUUUGCUGACUGAUGACAUCACUAUAAAGGGGACAGUCGAUGGCAUUGUGGUGGUCGAGUCUGGUCACCUGACUCUAGAAAACUGCUUGCUAAAGUGUGAAGGGACAGGAGUGUGCGUUCUCACAGGGGCUUCCCUGACGAUCACAAACAGCGAGAUAACUGGUGCCCAGGGCGCUGGUGUUGAACUAUACCCUGGGAGCAUAGCCAUUUUGGAAGGGAAUGAGAUUCAUCACUGUAAUAAUCUCAGAACCAGCGACAGUUCAAAAAGCACCUUGGGUGGUGUUAACAUGAAGGUUCUUCCAGCACCCAAACUGAAGAUGACGAACAAUCAUAUCUACAACAACAAUGGCUAUGGAGUGAGCAUUCUUCAGCCAUCAGAACAGUUCUUUAUUGUAGCAGAAGCAGCUCUCAACAAAGGGGCUGCGUCAGGAGAUAAGAAAGAUGACAAAAUGCUCUCCAAAGUCAUGCAAACUCUGAAUGUGGAAAUGAACAACAACAGGAUAGAAGCAAACUCAAAGGGGGAUAUUAGGAUAGUCACUGGGUAAAGCAUCUGGAUAGGUGUUCAGAUUUUAUAGUUCAGGAAUGUGAUAAAUGAUUCUUGUACCUCAUAGAAAUUGUAGUUUUAAAUUCAAAGAUUAAAAUGUUUAAAUGCUUUCA